CCGGGUCAGUGACUCCUAUCCCGCCCGCCUGAGCCAAGGGUUUCUUGCUUUUUGGCUCGGAAAGGAAAACCACUACCUGAUUAAAAAAGCACUUGGGAGGCACGUUAAUCUUGCUGGCGUUGUCAGGAGCGAUCAGUGAAUUUUAUUAAAAGCCCCGGGAUUGCCUGAAAGGCCUCCUUGUCUGAGUUUGAAAUGAAAGGGACAUGUUAAGAUCUUGGGGCACAUUAUUGGGACCCUUUGUCCUGUCCCUUGGACUAUGAGCUGACACCCCCCGAGGAAGCACAGAAGCCCUCCUUUGUUGAAGGGAUUUCACCGCUGGACGCUGGACGGAAGGAGUUGGCCCUUGUCAGCAUGAGCUCUCUGAGUUGGGGUGGGCUGAAUGCCCUGCUGCUGCUGGUCCUCCAAGGCUGGGCAAGCCCCACCUUCAUCAGCAUCAACCGUGGAGUCAGGGUGAUGAAGGGCAGCUCUGCCUUCCUGUCUGGAGAUGACCUGAAGUUUGCCAUUCCCAUAGAGAAUGAUGCUUGCAAAGUUGAAGUGGUGAUGAAUGAGCCAAUAACCCAGAGAGUUGGGAAACUCACUCCACAGGUCUUUGACUGCCAUUUCCUUCCCAAUGAAGUAAAGUAUGUUCACAAUGGUUGCCCAAUUCUCAAUGAAGACACAGUGAAGCUUAGACUUUACAGAUUUACUGAGACAGACACCUUCAUGGAAACCUUUAUCCUGCGGGUCUAUCUCCAGGAACCAGACUGUAACAUCAUCCGUCUGAGUAACAAUGUGCUGGAGGUGUCUGAAUUCUAUGGCCUGUCCCGAGCCAUUGAUAAGAACCUGCUCAGCUUUGAUUAUGAUAGGACGGCUAGCCUGGAAUGCACAGUCAGGCUGGACCCUGUGGGAACUCGGCUGCCAGCCCACGGCCAGAUGGUUCUGGUGGAGCCUCGGCCAGGAGAACCUCGUGGAGAUCAGCCACGCAGUUUUCUCCCUGAGUCUCAACUGGGAACAGAACUGAAGUGUCCAGGUAGAAGCUGUACCAUGGGACUGAAGAAAAUAGGAAGUCUCAAAGUGAGCUGUGAGGAGUUCCUGCUGAUGGGGCUUCGAUAUCAACAUAUGGACCCCCCUUCUCCCAACAUCGAUUAUAUCUCCAUCCAACUGGACCUCAUAGAUAGCAGGAGUAGGAUCGUAUACAAGUCAGAGAGUGCGUGGUUGCCCGUCUACAUCAGAGCUGGCAUUCCUAAUCAGAUUCCAAGAGCUGCAUUCAUGGCCAUGUUUAUUCUGGAAGUGGAUCAGUUCAUCCUGACCUCUUUGACGACCUCGGUUCUGGACUGUGAAGAGGAUGAGACCCCCAAGCCCUUGCUGGUGUUCAACAUUACGAAAGCCCCGCUCCAGGGCUAUGUGACUCACCUGUGGGAUCACACCAGACCAGUCUCUUCAUUCACCUGGAAAGAUCUAAGUGACAUGCAGAUUGCCUAUCAGCCACCAAACAGCAGCCAUUCUGAGAGGAGACAUUAUGAGGUGGAGUUGGAGGCAUAUGACUUCUUCUUUGAAAAGAGUGCACCUAUUACAGUACACAUCUCCAUCAGAACAGCAGAUACAAAUGCCCCGCGUGUGUCCUGGAACACAGGUCUGAAUCUCCUGGAGGGGCAGUCUCGGGCCAUCACUUGGGAACAGUUUCAGAUUGUUGACAAUGAUGACCUUCGUGCUGUCCGUCUAGUCACUGUGGAUGGCCUGCAGCAUGGCCGGCUUACACUAAGAGGGGAGAAAGGUUUUCUCUUCACCGUGGCUGACCUGCAGGCUGGGGUUGUUCGCUACCAUCAUGAUGACAGCGACUCCACCAAAGACUUUGUGGUCUUCAGGAUAUUCGAUGGCCAUCACAGCAUCCGCCAUAAAUUUCCCAUCAACAUCUUGCCCAAAGACGAUAGUCCCCCGUUCCUCAUAACCAAUGUUGUGAUUGAACUGGAGGAGGGGCAGACCAUACUGAUCCAGGGUUCCCUGCUGAGAGCUUCAGAUGUGGACUCCAGUGAUGACUACAUCUUCUUUAAUAUCACGAAACCCCCGCAGGCUGGAGAGAUCAUGAAGAAGCCAGGGCCAGGACUGAUAGGCUACCCUGUCCCUGGCUUCCUGCAGAGGGAUCUAUUUAAUGGCAUCAUUUACUAUCGUCACUUUGGUGGAGAAAUCUUUGAAGAUUCUUUUGAAUUUGUCCUGUGGGACAGCCAUGAACCUCCAAAUCUCUCAGUGCCGCAGGUGGUGACAAUCCAUAUCACCCCAGUGGCUGACCAGGUUCCAAAAGAGGCUCCUGGAGUUUCUCGGCAUUUGGUUGUCAAGGAAACUGAGGUGGCCUACUUAACUAAGAAACACCUACAUUUCAUAGAUAUGGAAUCAUAUGACAGGGAGCUGCUCUACACAAUAACGACUCCUCCAUUUUUCUCCUUCAGCCACAGAAACUUGGAUGCUGGGAAAUUAUUCAUGGUAGACAGCAUACCGAAGCUAACCAAAAAUCCUGCAACCCCGGAGCUGAGGUCAUUCACUCAGCAUGCUGUGAACUAUAUGAAAGUGGCCUACAUGCCACCCAUGCAAGAUAUAGGCCCCCAUCUACGACAUGUCCAGUUUGCAUUUUCCAUCAGUAACCAACAUGGCGGCACUUUGCAUGGGAUCUGCUUUAACAUCACGAUUCUUCCAGUGGACAAUCAAGUUCCUGAGGUAUUUACCAACCCUCUGAGAGUGGCUGAGGGAGGCCAGUGUGUCAUCAGCACAGAGCACGUCCUGGUUUCUGAUAUGGAUACCCAGCUGGACAGCAUCUGCCUCUCCCUGCAGAGACUGCCUCCACAUGGAAGUGUGGAGCUGAACGGAUUUCCUCUAAACGCAGGGGGCAGAUUUUCUUGGGGAGACCUCCAUACCUUCAAAGUUAGGUAUCAGCAUGAUGGAUCUGAGGUACUUCAGGAUGACAUCCACUUGGAGGUCACAGAUGGCAUGAAUUCAGCAGAAUUUGUUCUACACGUUGAGAUAUUCCCCAUAAAUGAUGAGCCACCAAUCCUAAAGGCUGACCUCAUCCCCAUGAUGCAUUGCUCAGAGGGCAACGAGGUGGUCAUCACCCCUGAAUACAUUUUUGCUACCGAUGUGGACAGUGAUGACUUGAAACUGAUGUUUGUGGUUGCUCGAGAACCUCAGCAUGGGGCGGUGAGGAAAGCUGGAGUCUCGGUGGAUCGGUUCUCUCAGGGAGACGUUAUCUCGGGGGCUGUGACCUACAAACACACAGGUGGUGAGAUUGGCUUGGUGCCUUGUUUUGACACCAUUACGUUGGUGGUUUCGGAUGGAGAAGCUGGCCCUUUUGUGGAUGGCUGUUGCAACAAUGGAUCUCAACCAUCUGUUCCUCUUCAUGAGUCCUUUCCAGUGUAUGAUCUCAACAUCACAGUACAUCCAGUGGACAACCAACCACCUUCGAUUGCAAUAGGUACCAUGUUUGUUGUAGACGAAGGCUUCUCAGCAGCCCUUACCAUUAACCAUUUGUCAGCCACUGACCCGGACACUGCGGCAGACGACUUGGAAUUUGUUUUGGUUUCUCCUCCCCAGUUUGGCUACCUUGAAAACACACUCCCUUCUGUGGGUUUUGAAAAAAGCAAUAUGGGCAUAAGCAUAGCUUCGUUUCAGUGGAAAGACAUGAAGGCUUUGCACAUUAACUAUGUGCAGUCCAGGCAUCUGAGGAUAGAACCAACUGCUGACCAGUUCAUGGUGUACGUCACAGACGGGAAGCAACGCUCCUUGGAGAAACCAUUUUACGUUAUAAUCAACCCCACAAAUGAUGAAGCUCCUGACUUUGUAGUGCAGAAUAUUACUGUGUGUGAGGGUCAGAUGCAAGAGCUGGAUUCUUCCGUCGUCAAUGCUGUUGACCUGGACAUUCCCAAGGACCCCUUGCUGUUCAGCGUUACUCAUGAACCGCGGCAUGGCCUCCUCAUCAGUGGGAUGUUUAGCAAAGACUUUCCUCAGUAUAAGCAGCCCGCCAACCCUGACCAGAAGUAUGAACCUGUUCACAACUUUUCCAUGGAACUUGUCCAGAAUGGAAUGAGGUUGAUGUAUGCACACGAUGACUCAGAGAGCCUUGCUGAUGGCUUUACAAUCCAGUUGUCAGAUGGGAAACAUAAGAUACUUAAAACCAUUUCAGUAGAGGUCACCCCAGUUAAUGAUGAGAAACCAAUGCUGAGCAAGAAGGCUGAAAUUGCAAUGAAUAUGGGUGAAACUCGUAUUAUUUCUAGUGCUGUUCUUUCAGCCAUAGACGAAGACUCACCUAGGGAGAAGAUUUACUAUUUAUUUGAAAGACUUCCCCAAAAUGGGCAACUUCAGCUUAAGAUAGGGAGGGACUGGGUCCCCCUCUACCCUGGCAUGAAAUGCACUCAGGAGGAAGUGGAUCUGAACUUGCUGAGAUACACACACACCGGGGCAAUGGAUUCCCAGAACCAGGACAGCUUCACCUUCUACCUCUGGGAUGGCGACAACAGGUCACCUGCAUUUGACUGUCACAUCAUCAUCAAGGAUAUGGGAAAAGGUGAUAUUGUCGUCCUUGCGAAACCACUGGUGGUGUCUCAAGGUGACAGAGGUGUCUUGACGACCACCACUCUCCUUGCUGUGGACGGAACAGACAAGCCUGAGGAACUGCUCUACGUCAUCACCUCCCCACCACGACAUGGCCAGGUCGAAUACAUCCACUAUCCUGGAGUCCCCAUCACAAGCUUCAGCCAAAUGGACAUAGCAGGACAGACAGUCUGCUACGUCCAUAAGAGCAAGACAGCUGUCUCCAGCGACACAUUCAGAUUCACAGUCAGCAAUGGACUGCAGACCAAGCCCGGGGUGUUUGAGAUCACACUGGAGGCUGUGGACAGAGCCUUACCCGUGGUGACCAGGAACAAGGGGCUGAGACUGGCCGAAGGGGCCACAGGCCUGCUUUCCCCUGACCUCCUUCAGCUGACCGACCCUGACACUCCGGUGCAGAACCUCACCUUCCUUUUGGCCCAGCUCCCACAACAUGGCCAGCUCUACCUGCGGGGGACAGUGCUGCUUCGACACAGUUUCACUCAGCAGGAUGUGGACAGCAGGAAUGUCGCCUAUCAGCACUUGGGAGGGGACUCUCAGACUGACUGCUUUACGUUUGUGGCCACAGAUGGGACAAACCAAGGCUUCGUUGUGGAUGGGAGAGUGUGGCAAGAACCUGUCUCAUUCACUAUCCAGGUGAACCAGUGGGACAAAACAGCCCCCCACAUCACACGCUUGCAUUCCCCUUCUCAAGUGGGGCUCCUGAAGAAUGGCUGCUAUGGGAUUUACAUCACUUCCCGAGUGUUGAAGGCAUCAGAUCCUGACACCGAUGAUGAUCAGAUCAUCUUUAAGAUUUUACGAGGCCCCCAACACGGACAUCUGGAGAACGCAGCAACAGGUGAAUUUAUCCAUGAGAAGUUUAGCCAAAAGGACUUAAACAGUAAGACCAUUCUUUACAUCAUAAACCCAUCUUUGGAAGUAAAUUCAGAUAUCAUGGAAUUUCAAAUCAUGGACCCCACAGGGAACUCAGCUGCUCCUCAAAUUUUGGAACUGAAGUGGUCUCAUAUUGCAUGGUCACAGACUGAAUAUGAGAUCUGUGAGAAUGUGGGCAUGUUGCCCUUAGAAAUUACGAGAAGGGGAUAUUCCAUGGACUCAGCCUUUGUGAGUGUGAAGGUCAACCAAGUGUCAGCUACAGUUGGAAAAGAUUUCACCCUGAGUCCAUCUAAACUGAUUCAGUUUGACCCAGGAAUGUCAACUAAGAUGUGGAAUAUAGCAAUUACCUAUGACGGAUUAGAGGAAGAUGAUGAGGUCUUUGAAGUAAUUCUGAACUCCCCUGUGAAUGCGGUUCUUGGCACAAAGACAAAAACUGCAGUGAAAAUUUUGGACUCAAAAGGAGGACGGUGCCAUCCUUCAUAUUCCUUCAACCCAAACAAGCACAGUGAAUGGGAGAAGGGCAGUUCGCACCUGCUGUCCCUGGGGUCUUCCUCCCCGCCUACUUCUGGUUCCUCUCAUCUGGAAAGAAGACCCUUGCCAUUUUCCAAGCAGCUAACAGUCACCAGAGGAGACACCCUGCGGGGCAUUGAUUCUACAGAUCCUUCUGGAAUGAAGCUUAGGACCCGAGGGAAUGGCAAAACAGUCCAUCCAUUCUUUAUUUAUAGAAAUGGAACAGACAUCAUCUAUCACUACCAUGGAAUGGUGUCCCUGAAAGUGGAGGAUGACAGUUCCCCAACUUACAAAAGGAAGGCCAAAGUAUCCGUUAUUAGUCAGCCGCCACAGACAGGCAAAGUGGCAGAACUGCCACAAGCAGAUAAGGUGGAAUCCACAACUAGCUCACACUCCCCCAGACAGGACCAGUUGCCCUCAUUUCCCAAGAACUGCACACUAGAGUUAGAGGGACUCUUCCACUUCGAGGAAAGCCUCCAAAAGCUGUAUAAGUGCAAUGGAGUCGCCUGGAAAGCAUGGAGCCCUCAAACCAAGGAGGUGGAAUACAAAUCCUGCCCAGCUGGGUGGCACCAUCACUCAGGCUACUGCCACUCCUUGAUCACAGAGCCGAAAGUCACCUGGAACACAGCUGCCCGAGCUUGCAGGGAACAUCACCUGGGCACCCUUGUAACUGUCCUCUCCAGGCAGCAUAUGCGAUGGCUCUGGAGCCUCAGUGGAAGAAAGUCCUUUUGGAUAGGUUUGAAUGACAGAGUGCAUGCUGGCCGCUGGGAGUGGAUCAGCGGUGAACCUGUCACCUUCACCAACUGGAGAAGAAGACCCCCUCAACAUUCAAAGUCUGGAAAGAACUGUGUUUUGGUUCAAAGACAAGGGAAAUGGCAAACAAAGGACUGUAGGAAGGGCAAACCUCACAAUUAUGUGUGCUCCAGGAAACUCUAAAUGUAGCUAGCCUUACAGAUGCCCACUCGAGAUUUCUCACCUAUUUAUUUACAGGAUUUGUGCAUAUUGCUCAACAGAAAACAAGGUGUCGUAACUGACUUGGUACAUUUUUUUUUAUCAUAGUGUAUGAGUGAUUUUAUCUGGUAAAAGGGAGCAUAGAUGAAUAGUUCCAGGAAGAUUGAUAAAUGAAUAUUUCUAAUGGGAAGACAUACAAUUCUUGCAUCUCGAUACCUUUCAAAAUAAGUGCCUGAAAUAUUGUAAGGUGGAAGAUUUGCCUAUUCCAGAAGAUGCCCACCCGGACUCCACUCCAAAUCUCAGUCAGCACUGAUUUCAUGGUCCUUGGAUUUUUUUGUCUCAAAACCUCAAACACGUCCAUUCGGAAAUCUUGAGCGUCUACCACUUCAGUCUGAAGCUAACCCUACCAGCUCAUUAAAUCAAGGCUGAACUGCAAAGGGUUGCCUUGUCCCUUUGGAACCCUUUUAAAUGUGAAGCCUGAGAUAAGAGGCUGUGGAUAAAAAGGAGAAUUCUCUGUGGUGAAAAGGAAGGCUUUAGAGGGAAGAACCCUGCAGAAGGAAGCUCAUCCGUAAAUCUCUAGUGCAGGUAAGGAUUCAGGGGCUGCCUGUACUUCAGAGGUCUACCCAUCACUACUCAUGAGACAGAUUUCCUUUUUCCCAUAAGAAUGUUAGCAUUGUAUGAUUCCAAAGCUAAUGAUUGGGUUGCCCUGGCCUUACAGUCGUGAGAAAUUUGAAGUAACGUGAGCCUCUCUCUUCAUUUGUGCUUAUAGUACUGACUAGCAUUUCUCAAGGACAUUUGGAAUUACGAGUAUAUAUGAAUGAUGGUUAAUGUAUGGAAGAAAAAUACUGCUUCCUCAGGAGUGUCCCAAGGAACUAUGCUGAAGAACAAA